CCCUCGAUGCCUAUAAAGAUUCGCAUUUUUCUCAAAGAAGCCAGCCCUUUUCAUUUUUUUCCCCAACUUACAGCCCUUAUACUGUUCACUACCAAACUUAUUAACUUGAAAUCAACUAUACAAUAAUGCGUUUUAUCCUUACCACAGCUAUCACUUUAGCUGCUGCUACCACAGCUCUUGCUGCUAAUAGUGAGCCUGCUAUGCCCGCCGCUACUACUCUCGUUGAAACCGAGGAGUCACAAGACCUUGAAUACUUACUUUUUGAUGAAGAAAAUAGGGAUCCCCGUUUUAAUGAAGGAGAUAGGGAUCACCAUUUUGACGAACAUGAUGGGGACCACCAUUUUGACGAACAUGAUGGGGACCACCAUUUUGACGAACAUGAUAGGGACCACCAUUUUGACGAAGAUGAUAGGGACCACGAACAUGAAUCAGCAUCAGCCGCUCCUGAUGACAACCCGGAUUUCGACGAACCUAGUGAUGAGCCUGAGCCUUCUAUGUCCGCCUCUGCUGCUCCUUUUGAAGACGAGGAGCUACAAGACCUUGAAUACUUAGUUUUCGAUGAAGAUAUGGACCACGACCGUGAUAUGGACCACGACCGUGAUAUGGACCACGAC